AUGCGAGCGGAUGCGAGUCGAGCAAAAUCGUUCUCGUCCAGUCGAACGUCGCUGCCUGGCGCUGCUCAAGGACGAGCUGACGAGCUAUUGGCAGAGCACAUUACCGCGACGGAAUAUCCGGCGCGGUGCUGCCCGGCCGUGUUGAAAACCUUCCCAUGGCCCAGCCAAGAGGAGAUCACUGCGCGGAAGGGGAAACUGCGUGCAAUCGUAGCUCGCCUCUUCGCCGCUGGGGCUGACAAGGGUACUGGAGAUGUUGAGAAGCUGCUCAAGGAAGACGAUGAGCUUCGAAAAGCCGUGCUGGUGUCCCUCACAGAAGAGCGCGAGGAGGAGAUGGAAAAAUGGGCCACAGACCUACAAAAGCAGCUGGCCUCGAGACAGGUCGACAAAGAAGCUGCUGAAGCGGAGAUGAAGAAAAAGGAGGAGGCUAUUCAGGCUCGUAGAGACGAGGAACGCAUGCGCAAGGAGGAAGAAGCCCGGAAGGCGGAGGAGAUCCGUCUGAUGGGCAAGAGACCUCCUGGAAGCAAGAGGACUCCUUCACGGUCCAGGAGUAAAAAGAAAGACAAAAAGAAAAAGAAACCGUCCAAGAAGACGAAGAAGGACGACAGCAGAGAAUCUGAGUCAGCUUCAGAAGACUCGGACAAGAAGAAAAAGAAGAAAAGGAAAGUGAAAGUGGUGGUGAAAAAGAAAGGCGUGGCGAAAAAGAAGGCCCCGAGUCGCGAGUCCGAUUCAGGGCCCAGCCGCUUUGAGCCGUCGGAGUCCAGGUCUCGUAGCCCCAAGCACUCGCGGCGAUAA